AAUAAGGAAGACUAUACGGUCGUUACUUUCCACUAAAUAUUCACCUUUUCCUUCUGUGCACCUCGUCUUCCUCCUCGUCUGUCUCAUCGUCGCCGUCAUCACCAUCAUCAUCAUUAGCAGCAGCAGCAGCAGUAGCAACGUUAAAUAACAAGACCAAUGAAGAUGGAGACCAGGGGUCGGUCGAUGGUAAAACGAACGACGAACGAAUAUAUAACACAGUUUGUUCAUUAAUUGUUUAAAAACCCGGAAAUUAUUACUCCAUUUGUCAGAACGUACCACCAAUAACUGUUAAAGUACCCUGGAAAACAAACCAAAGAAAAAAACAAAACGGCAAACAAAAAACAAACAAAAAACCCCUAUAAUAUUGUUACCUCCAAACCAUCACACAUCUUGUCGAUUGAAAAGGAAAAAAAAAGAUAUAUACAUAUAUAUAUAUUUAUUUAUACACGGGAAAGCAAGUUCAAAAUUAUAUAUAUAUAUAUAUAUUAUAUAUAUAUAUUAUAUAUUUUCACUGUAGUUUCUAAUAUUUGACUUCUGACCACCAACCGCGUUGUGUACAUACAUACACAUACACAUACAUUCAUUCAUACAUACAUACAUACAUACAUACAUACAUACAUACAUACAUACAUACAUACACAGAAUACCAAAGCGAACACCGGUCCAUAUACUUCUAAACGCAGAUGUGCAUAUCAACACAGUUAUCUCUUUCUCUCUCUCACACAUUUCUCUUUCUCUCUCUCUCUCUCUUGCACAAUACAUACCACUUAAUUUCACAUAAGUUAAACGAAGGUACAUACCUCUAUAUGCAUUUAUAUUUUUAAACUACUUAUACAUACAUUAGCAUAUAUAACCACAUAUAUACAUUCAUAUAUAUAUAUGUAUAUAUAUCGUUUAUACACAGGUUUUCUUCUCAAAACAUAAACAUACGUUCCUAAUUACCCACAUACAUGCGUGUAUAGAAUACAUCGACAUCUAAUUACAUAGAUACAGCUAAAUACAUAAAUACACGCAUUUAUUUAUAUAUAGAAAGAGUGUGUUUAAAUCGUUAUAAUAAAUUUAUAUCUACACAAAGAUUAAUAUCUAUAUAUAUAUAUUCAUAUAUCAGAUAGAACGUACAUACAAAUUAUUGACAAAAUAAUAAGCGACAUUUAAAUACAUAUAAAAUAUGUGUAUAAAAUUCGUAGCAUACCUGAGUAUAUGAGUAAACAAAAAUUCCAGGAAGUACCAAUAUAUGUUUAUAUAUAUAUAUAUAUCAGCACUUUUAACUUAAAACUUCAUUACACAUAACUUGUCUCAUGUAAUAUCGAAAAUUUCUUUACUCCUAAAAUAUAUGAAAAUAUAUUUUCAAAACUUUAAUUUGGCUGUGAUUUUUUCGACGCACUUUAUCGUAAUUUAAAUACAUAUAUGAUAUUUUAGUUGUAGAUAAUAACUUGUCUCAAGAGAAACAAUUUCCGUAUUUUAUUUUAUUCCAAGUAAAUUCCAGUUAAAUUAUGCUUGUACUUAACUUACUACUUUUGUAGUAUAUUUUUUACUAUCUAAAAUACCCAUAUAUAUAUAUACAUAUAUACAUUUAUAUAUAUACAGAAAGCUGGAAAGUUUUAAUAAAUAUUUAGUUAUUUCUCAGAAAGUUUCAGUUUCUGAAAAUUUCAUUAAAAUAUUUUAAUUUAUUUCUUAGUUAUAUAUUUUAUUUGUUUCUUGCUCGGCAUUUACAUAUAUGUUGCAUAUAUGUCUUUAUAUGUGUAGAAGAUAAACACACACACUCACACAUACAUAUACACACACAAAUAAUUUGUGUACUUAUAUAAUUCACAAAUAGGUUAAUAUUGUAUAUUUGAAGUUGUUUGUUUAUAUACAAAUAUAUAUAUCAAUAUUUUGGGAAACAGGGUUUUGUAAAAAGAAGACAGAAAUCAAAUGCUACUUAUUAUGUUUCGAUAAACCGUAAUGUAUUUCAACCAUCAAAUUUUAAAAAUAAAAAUAAUAAAUGAGAAAUAACAAAGAAAAUAUUGCAAGAUGAUUGCUCAAAAUAUUAAUUGUGGUAUUGAUAACGAUAACGAUAUAGGGAGAAGAUAUAUCGAUAUAUUGGUAAAUUUGACAACGAAUACGAGCAAAUCUAGUUGAAAAAUAUAUCGAUAGAUUGAUUGAUAGAUAGAGAUAUGAUUAGAGUAAGAGUGUGUGUUAAAUUAACAUAUAGUAAAGGUGUAGAAUCUAUAUGUUGAUCUGUUGUAGUUUGAAUAUAUCUAAUCUUCUUACAUACACUUAUAUAUAUAAACAUAUUGAUAGAUAGAUAGAUAGAUAGAUAGGUAGAUAGGUAGAUUUAGUCAAAUAUUUAGAAGCAGUUUAUAAAUCGACAGGUAGAUACUAGUUAGGUAGGGAUAUACGUACAUACUUUUAUAGGUAGAUUCCAUAUCAAGAGAAACACAAGUUUCAUAUAUAUACAUAUAUAUAUAUAUAUAGGUAUAUACAUACAUAUAUAUGAAUGUAUAUGUUUGAAAUCAAUACAACGAUGAUUGCAUGAGGAAUGCUAUCGGCUGCGGUAUGGAUAAUAUCAUUUAGAAAGAUUUCUAACUAAUGACACGCUUUAAUUUUCACCCAAUCAAGGAAAGAUAAAAAGAGAAGAAAAAAGUAACUACAGAUAAACACGUCUGAAAACGCCAUAACAUUGAAACUGUUUAUAACUACUUGGUUUUUACAUAUUUAUUCUCAUGACCGAACAGUUUUAUUUUUCUUCUUUUUCCUCCCGUUCAAUUUGUUUACCUUGCUAUUUGCUUACUGUAAGUCCUUAAGGUCACACACACACACACACACAGACAGACAGACACACGCACACACAUACACACACAGAGCCACAGCCACGCAGACACACACGUACGUAUGUACGCAAUAUUUAAAUAUCUACGUGUGCUGUAGGGGUUAGACUUAGCUCUCAUUUUUAAGCGAAAUUGCGGAGCCUUCUUUAACAAGCCCCUGUUUCGCUGAUUCGUGGAUAAGGGAUAAGAAACAUAGCGAGAAGGGUCGAAAAAAAGGUGGAGCAGGUGCGCUGAAACACGCAUACGCACACACGCACACACGCACUCACAGAUUUACGCAAAUACGCAAACACUCAACGCACCCAUACGGACAUACAUAUACAUACGCACACAUAUGCACACAGAAAUACAAGCACAUACACAGACACAAGCAUAUAGUCAUCCCACCUUCCUUUUAUCACUCACUCUCACACACACACUCAGACACACACACACACACACACACACACACUCUCUCUCUCUCUCUCUCUGUGAUUCUCUCUUAUCCCUCACUCCGUCUUUCUCUCUCACUUUCGCACAAACAAGAAAAAGUAGACAGGCGAAAAAGCUACACACUCAAUCCCGUGUUCAAAUACAUGCAAAUAUAUUUAUGAAUAUACAUACACGUCUCUAAUCAUGGUAGCUACUAUGCAUCCAUAUAUAGACUACACACAUAUAUCUGACUUCAUGAUAGCCUUCUAUUCUCCUACGUAUUUAUUAGAGUUUUCUACGAUAGCUAAAGAGAUGCUAUAGCUAACAGUUAUAUAUAGUAUUAAUUUAACAUCAUACAGCAGUCGUUGUAUAUACAUAUAUAUGCAUAUACAUAUAUAUAUAUAUAUAUAUCUAUACACUGCAAUUAUACAUUGGAUAUAGACACCGUAGUCUUCUCAUAUAAACGCAAUCACUACUGUCAUACGCAACAUUAUCAACAUCAUCAUCAUCAUUAACAACAACAACAGUGAUAUAUUACAGUGACAAAAUGUAUGUUAAGAUACAAACAAAGCUUCACAUGUUUUUUAUGUGAAGUUAAAGAAAAGUGCUCGCGUUCAUUCAUACAGAAUUAUAUAACCACGCACACAAAUAUAUAUAUAUAUAUAUAUAUAUAUAAUUAUAUAUUUAUGCAUAUGUAUAGGAAAUAUAUCUCCUAUGUGUAUCAACAUAUACACGUGUAUACCAAUGCAACAUUACUUGUAUCACAAACACAACAAAUUGAUAUAAAAUACAAACCAAACUACACGUAAUCGUCAACAAAAUAUUAACAUACACAACAACAUUUUCACAGCCAUGUUCCAUUUACCCAUGCUAAACUUUUCCCCGCAGCAAGUGGCACAGGUGUGUGAAACUUUGGAGGAUAGUGGUGAUAUUGAGAGGUUGGGACGUUUCUUGUGGUCCCUUCCAGUCAACCCGGCGGCCUCGGAUGCUCUCAAUAAACACGAGUCGAUUCUCAGGGCGCGAGCCAUUGUAGCGUACCACACGGGUAACUUCAGGGACUUGUACCAUAUUGUCGAGAACAACCAAUUCACGAAAGACUCACAUGCGAAGUUACAGGCCAUGUGGCUCGAAGCACAUUACCAGGAGGCUGAAAAACUCCGAGGUCGACCCUUGGGGCCAGUGGAUAAAUAUCGGGUCCGCAAGAAAUUUCCUUUGCCCAGAACGAUUUGGGACGGAGAGCAAAAGACGCAUUGUUUUAAGGAAAGGACGCGUAAUCUCUUACGAGAGUGGUACCUACAAGACCCGUAUCCAAAUCCAACUAAGAAGAGAGAAUUAGCCCAAGCCACAGGUCUCACACCGACUCAAGUUGGAAAUUGGUUUAAAAAUAGACGCCAAAGGGAUAGAGCAGCUGCCGCCAAGAACAGGAGGCCGGCUGGCCAAGAACAUUCCGAUAACAUCCACAUCAGCAUUGACGAUGAUGACGACGAUGACGAUAACGACAACAACAUCAACAGCAACAACAACAACAACAACAACAACAACAACAACGACGAUGACCAAGACCACGAUGACCUUGACCUUUGUCCCGAUGACUCUGCGCACCAAGACCUUCUUCGCCAACGCCAACAACUCCACCUUCAUCAACAGCAUCAUCUGCUCUUUCUUCACCACCACCAACAGCAGCAGCAGCAGAAGAAGCAACAAGGAAAGCAGCAAAAACAAGAACAAACCGAAGAGAAACAACCACAACAAUUCGAAGAACACCAUCAACACCUUCCUCAUUUCCCCCGCUUCCAUCUUACCAAACAGCAGCAGCCAGAACACAACCAUCAUCAUCACCAUCACCAUCAUCUUCAUCAAGACCUUCAUUUCCCUUUCAACCUUCACCUCAGCAACCUCCAGCACAAAAAACUCACUACCACCACUACUACUAUCACGACUAAUAACACGCCUACAACUACUACUACUACUACUACCAGUAGCAACAUCGACAGCAGCAGUAACAGCAACAACAGUAUCGACAGCUGCAGCAACCACAGCAACAGCAGCAGUAACAACAACAACAACAACAACAGCAACAGCAACAGCAACAAUAACAACGACCUCAAAAAUGGUGGUAAAAUCAAAAGCAUCAAAAGUAUUAUAAGUGAUGCUAGUAACCAACAGCAACAACAACAACAACCACAGUUACCACAGCAACAUCCUCAGAUCUUCUGUUUUCCCAAUCAUCAACACCACAACAGCAACCAUCACCAUUAUAACAACAACAAUAACAAUAACAAAACAGAAUACCAAUAUGUAAGCCAACGAGAGUCCUCGAAACAGGACAGAGAGAAGGAAAACGAUAAACCGGAAACACGUGACCGGCAAAUAAAAUAUCCUAUAAAUGAGAGUAAAUCAGAUGACGAAGAUGAAGAAAUUGAAGUGGAUGUUGUUGACGACAGACAUCCAAUAACAACCACACCUUUGUCAAUAUUCUGCCAGACUGUAGCUGGUACCGUUGUGCGACGAUAAGAUUUUUCUCUGCCGAAUGUUCGGUUCGGUUUCGAUUCUUAGUUGCAUUUCUCGCACAUCGUUAGUACCAUUGUUAAUGGCACAAAACAAAACGUCUCAUAUUCGUAUGUUCUCCCUCUCAGAUUCUCCUGAUCCAUCCUUCUUUGCUAUGCCAAAUGAUUAUAAUGAAGUACAGUGGAUGGAUACUGUAGUACGAGUUUGAAGUUCCAGGUGGAAAAGACGGCUCUAUAAUCUGGUUUCGCUUACUAGACAGAGACACUUCACUUCAUAAAUAUCAGUGCAGCCCCCCCCCCCCAGGAAAGGUUUGGAUGCUACAUAUUACCAUCUUCCUCUCCUAACGAUUUCUGUCUGCUCAUACCAACAAAUGACUGUAAGAGCAAAUUUAUGGAAUAUAAGUUGCUGAUCAUGGUUCUAUAGAAACAAAAGUUUUCUAGGCGUCAGCUUGCCAUUUUGACUUUUCAAUUAAUUUCUAUUUUAGAAUUUGAUUUCAUUUGAAAUUUGAAAUAUUACCUCAAAAUAUUUAAUUCAAAAGGACUUUAAACGAAAUUACGCAUACACAUUUAUACACACAUAUAAAUUAGCUGUAUACACUUAAUGACAUGAGUGUAUGUUUGUGUGUCUAGGUGUAUGUAUGUGUUUGUUCUCAAUUAUAUGUGUUAUAUAAACAUGUUUAUGGUCAGUAAAAAAGAGUGUAUACAUACAACCUUUAAAUACAUGCAUCACAUAUCUGUUAUUGCUAAAAUUCGGUUGUUUAACCUAACAGUGAAUAUAAAUGUGCCAAUGAUUUUAUAAUCUAUAUAAAAGAAAACAAACAUUCAAAAGCAUACACACAAUACACGGGGUCGGAUCACGUGAUAUUAUAGAACUAACUCUUCAUGUAGAGUUUUCAUUUUGUGUUCAAUCUCCAGAUGGAAUCACUUUAAAACAACAUUAGUAACACUGACGAGAAAAUCAGGAAUUUCACAACGGAUCUAGCCUUGUAAAUAUGAAAUAUAACCUCUGUAUAAAUUCUAGUUGAAAAAUAACUUACAAUUAUUUAUUAUGGUUCGAAAAAUGAGUUAUGCCAUGUUUCUCGAAGGUGCCUAGCACUGUGGGUGAAGAGUAUCAAAAUUCUUUAUUAUGAUUUUGAAAAACUUUAAAAAAAUUGAUAGAAAAAUAUAAAAAAAAAUGAUGCAAAAUAAGUAUAUACAUGUGUGCGUGGUUGCGUGUGUUUGUGUGCAUGUAUAUAUAUAUAGUUAUAUAUAGUAGCUGAAAAGUGUACAAAGAUGAUUUUUAUAUUAAUUAGACAGACAGUUAAUUAGUUAAAUUUGUAUGGAAAGCGUAGGGUUGAUUGGAUGAAACCCAUUGUGAAAUUGGUAAUUAUUUUGUUUCUCUCAGAGGAAUGGAAUUUAAAAGUUGACUUCCAUGACAUUUGAACACUGUCUUGUAAAUGUUCCCUGCAGUUGUGAAUUAAAAGUAUAAAUAAACAAUAUGAAAUAUUCCAAAGCUAAUCAGAGUAAAGAAAUGGUAAUGAAAGUAGACUAAAAGCAAAGCUGACGAAGAACGAAAAUACAAAAACAAGAGAAAAAAAAGAGAGAAAAAUUGGCACGAUUGAAGAAUACGACGGUGGUAUUGGUAAAUAUCCAAACAUGAAAAUUGAUAAUAAAAACAAUUAAAAAAUUAAUAAAAUAUUCCAGAAUGUAAAUAUUACAUUUAGAAUGAUUUUGUUAAUUUCUUUUAGUCUAUUGAUUCUAUAGAUGCUUAAAUAUCCGUCAAUUGUGCUUCGUUUGGAGAAGAAUAAAAUUUAUGAACUCUAUGAAGAAUAUAAGAAUCUAAAGUCUUACGUUUGUCAUAAAAAAAAACAUUAAAUAUGUACACAAUCAUAUACAUAUACAUUUUUACAAAUCCAGAAGAUUAUAUACAUUUCAUACAUACAUGGUUAUGUAUUACAUAUACAGACAUACGAAUAGAGAUUGAAUCUGUAUAAACAAAAAAAUAACGAUCCUGAAAUUCGAAUCACUCGUAUCUGUUUUUUCCUUUUUUUUUACCUGCUUCUGCAUCAAUGCAUGUAUGAUUUUUUUUUGUUCAUCUAUAUGAGUACCUGCCAAAAAACAAUAGGUUGUAAUAAAUGUAUAUAAA